GUGAAUGUUGUUGUCAGACAGCUGUGGGGUGUCAGAGGAGCUCAGUCCAUCAGUUUAUCUUCUCACAGAGUACCAUCUUACUCUUACAUAGGUUAGUCAACACCAAGAAGCAAAUAUAACCUUAACAGUUUGAUGAAAAAGCAGACUGAUAGAAGAUGUGUGCUGCUGUGUAUGUCCUGUCAACAGUAACGGGCUAUGUGCUCACCUCUGCCCUGCUGCUAAAAUGCCCAAAUCUUCUGUACCGGAAGAAGCGAGAGACAUUUCUGGGCAGGCACAUUUCCCAUCGUGGAGGAGCAGGUGAAAACCUGGAAAACACCAUGGCAGCUUUCAAGCAUGCUGUGGAUCUUGGCACAGACAUGCUGGAGUUGGACUGCCACCUGACAAAAGAUAAAGAGGUAGUGGUUUCACACGAUGCCAGCUUGCAGAGGGCCUCUGGCAUCAACGCCCGCAUCUCCGACAUGUGCUACGCUGAGCUCCCUCCAUACCUCUGCAAGCUGGGUGUAACUUUUCAGAGAGAGUGUUUCUGCGAGGGCGGAGAGGACAAACGCAUCCCUCUCCUCAGGGACGUUUUUGAUGCAUUUCCUAACACCCCUGUCAACAUUGACAUCAAGGUCAACGACGACACACUUAUCAAGAAGGUCUCUGAGCUGGUUGUUAAGUACGACAGAGAGCAUCUGACGGUCUGGGGCAACGCCAGCAACCAGAUUGUAAAGAAGUGUUACAAAGAGAACCCGCGUAUUCCGGUGUUGUUCAGCCUUCCCCGAGUAUUACAGCUGUUAGGCCUCUUCUAUACUGGUCUUUUGCCCUUCUUUCCCCUCAAGGAGCAGUUUCUAGAGAUCCCCAUGCCUUCUAUUGUCACCAAACUAAGAGAUCCCAGCAGAUUAACUAAGAGUCAACGAAUCAUCGCCUGGCUCGCAGACACUUUGCUGAUGAGGAAAGCUUUGUUUAAGCAUCUAACUGCCAGGGGAAUACAGGUGUACAUUUGGGUGCUGAACGACGAGGAGGACUUCCAAAGGGCAUUUGACUUGGGAGCCACAGGUGUUAUGACAGAUUUUCCCACCAAGCUUAAAGAUUUCUUGGAUAGGAAUGGCAUUUCUAAACCCCAGUGACCUGCCAAACUCUACCUCACCCCCCACCAGCACCAAUGAUUAUCCUUCGACCUAACUGACCUGCUUAAAUGACCCACCCACUCCCAAGUGCACCCACUUUCACUGCAUGCAUUCCAGCAAGGCUCUUCUCACACUGUGUUUCAUACUUGAUAGAGAUCGCUGUCAUGCACCCUGCACUGAUUUGAGGAAUCAGUUGUACUGGUGACACAAACUUCUGUUUUCAAUCAUAUAAAAUACUCUUAAUGGGACACUGCAACUGCUACAUAUUAUUAUCUCCUUUGAGUUGUGUUUCUUGCAUGUUCUUUGUUCCCCUCGCUGGAUACCCGAACACACAGAGAGUGUUACGCGGCUAAUUAAAUCCACACAACCUUUUUAAAUAUUUCAAUAAAAUAGGACAAAAUGGGAAUUGAAAUAUAGUGUUUGCAAGUCUCAUCAGCCUUGAAUUUCAUAAUAGAAUAAUAGCUACUGACUUGGAAAUUCUUUUACAGAAAACAUGUUAUUUUGGCCUUUUUUUAUGCUUUCAAGUAAAAGACAGUUAUGGUUCAAGUACUGUGCUAUUUAAAACACCAGCAGAUGCAGUUUGAUGUUAAUAUCAGAGCAUCCUUACAAUGUUUCCAAUUCCAUUUUUUUUCUUCAUUAUUGCAGUCAAUUAGCACAUGCAAUAAAUACACAUCUUUGCAGCUAAGAGAUGUUUUUUGCCUGAUGCAGUCAUAAAUAACAGGGUGCAGCAGACACAAGUUUCAAAUGAGCAGUGUGGGUACUGAGGUCGUUCCACUGCUCCAUAUUUUCGAUUCAAAGGCACAUUUAGUUGAACUAUGUACUAAAAAAAUACACUUUUUUUGUGUGUUGUUUUUUAAAGACAAUGUGUUGUAUGUUUCAAUGCUGUGUUUAUGUCUAUUUAUGUGUAAUUGUUAUUGCUAAGUCUCCCCUGAUUUUCUUCUGGAUCAAAUGAAAUGACUGAGGCUAACUGAAUUUGUCCACUAAAGAAUCUGAGAAAGAAUUUUUUGCACAAAGUGAAACUUCAUCUUGUUCAUUUUAGUAAUGAGCUGAACCUUUUUCACCUAUGUUAAUGUAAAUGUAAACAGUAUUGACCUUCAUAUUUGAGAUGUAUGAGCAAUUUCAAUAUAUGAGCUUUAAAGUGUAUUUGAAAUACAGCAGGAACACAGAUACACGUUGACUGAUUGCAUCAUUGCAGUGACGUGAAAUAUAAAUGUAUUAAGGACUGCGACUCUUUACCAAGCUCUCGCUGCGGGUGUCACAGUUUAAAAGUGUAAAGAUCAUUAGGAUUAUCAUACCACUGAUGUUUUCUAAUCCAAACUUGUGACCACACAGUGAGGGUCAGGACUGAAUGUACUAUUGGUUGAAUGUACUUGAUAUGUUUGGUGUUUUACAGUCAAAACAGUAUUGCUGUUUUACUGUUGUUGUUUGGCAUUUUGUAUUCGUGCUGUCACAGAGUGGUUUUUCAUGAGUGAAAUGUGCACGUGUCAUAUUACAGAUCUUGCAUUAAUGAAUAUACUUUAGGAUGUUUUGAUUACAUUACCUGUGGUGUAUUGAGUAUAGUUGUUUUGCAUGGCUAAAUGAACAUUUGUUAAACUGUGUUGUGCUUGAAUGUGUUGUGACUUUGACAGAACCAGUUUGUGGGACCUGGCUGCCUAACAAGAUGCCUUA